AUUUUAUGAUUGUGACAAGGCUCACCCUUGAAACAUUUAUGUCAAAAAUAUUUUUGAAACCUUCCAAAAAAAAAAAAAAAAAAAAUUUAUUUUUUUUGAAAAAAGAAAGACAAUCUCCAUGACAACAACGUACGAAGAAAAGGUUUUUAAGUGGUGCAAGUAACCACGCUAUGACAUGCUAUGUUCCCUUCAAAGUCAAUACACUACACAUUUGAUUGUCCUCUUAGAGAACAAAAAUUGCAUUGAAGGCAAUACAACAUUUUGAAGUAACAAACUCAUUACCCUCUUCUUAGCUUUGCAACUUCUUAUUGUUAUUGCUUCACCCUUCAUGAUACCCUCUCAAGCAAAGAAGGAACUUAUUCCUUUCAUCACAAGAAAUGACUUCUUCAACCCUCUUCUUCAUCAGCAUCAACCUCAACCCCUCUUUUCUCUUCCAAUUUUUGCAGAGCCAUGGAAGAUUGGAACACGCUUCCUGCUGACUGCAUUGUUAUAUCUUGUUGCUGUGAAUGCUUGAUCCUACAAUUACUUGUAUUCGUCUUGCUCAAAAUUCCUUACAAACUGGUCCGGAAGACCAAAAAAUACGCAAAGAAGAAGCUUAUGCACAGAAAGAGAGAUGAGAAGAUAAUACAGAGAGGAUCACAUCAAUGGGAAGAUGAGUUUAUCGGAGUUCGAGGAGGGUUUGGGGGAAUUCAAGUGGAAAGUUUUGUCAUGAGUGAAUUCCAUGGUUAUGGGUGUUGCAUGGAGGAAGUUGAGAAGGUGUUGGAAGACUUGUCUCAAAAGGGUGUGUUUGCAUUUGGAAGCUUUUGGGGCAGAGAUAACUCAGAGAGCUACUCAACUUGUCUAGAAAAACAUGAAUUUGAUUUCAAUGGUGCACAGUACCAAUUCAUUGAAAUGGUUGGCACUUUUUGAGCUUUUCAUAACAUUGAAUUUUGCAUUA